AUGGAUAUUAGUGAUAUUUUGAAUAAUUUGGCUAAGCAGCCUGCAGAAAUAGUUAAUUUAAUUAUUUCAUACCUCCCUAAGCCGUUUCUCACUGUGUUUCUUGAUUUCAAGUCUUUAGUCCCAUACAUAAUCCCAAUACUUCGUACAAAAGUUCGUAUUCAAGAAUGUUGCUUCGAUUUGAAGGAGCCCAUUAGUUUCCUUAAUUUUCGAUGGUAUAGUGUAUCUCCUGUUUUUAAUCUGAUUGAAGAGCUUGUACAAACCAUUCAAAAGUUCGAGUUUAUUCCUAGAGAAAUUGAAUUAGUCAAUCUUUCAACUCCUAUGAUUACGAAGUAUAAAUUGUAUCAAUCAGGAGUUUUGGUAAAUCAUGAACUUGAUCCUCUGGUGUCAAAAUUAAUGCAAUGGGCUGUAAAGUAUGAAGAUAUUUUUAGAAGUGUUUCUUUGAUACACAUUCUUGAUGGGUUUAUGAAUGCAAAUAUUGAAGAACUUGUAUUUUGCAUUCAACGAGGAUUUAAUAUUGGUACAAUUGAAUAUUUAGGAACUAUCAAAGAAAGUAUCAUUGAGAUGUUUCCUCCAACUCUUGAAAGUUUAACGUUACAUAGUUAUUCUUUCAAACCAACUAAAAGUUUUGAUAAUUUCCAAAGUUUGAAAUCAAUAAAAGUGGCAAAUGCAGAUUUGAAUAUGUUCUACCACUUACCCCCUUCAAUAGAGGAAGUGAUGGUCUCAGAUCUUCGCACACUGACGGUACAUAAUCCGAUGGAUCAACCAGGUGUUAGUCUUGUCAAGUUACGAAAUUUAACCGCAGGCAUUCAAGUUGCUGGUGAAUUUUCACUGGUUGCAAAAAUAUUUCCAAAUUUGGAAUCAUUUCAUAUACGAAACUCCCGUAUUGAUGAUUUUGAUGAAUUGGGUUUAUCUAAUGAUAUAAAGGUUUUGGAGAUUGAUAGUUCUCCCGGAUUGGUUAAUUGUUUAAAAAUCGAAAGAUUCACCCAAUUAAAACAAUUAGCAAUGACAAAUAUGCCAUUUCGAAGCAACAUAUUUGAAAAAGGGGUUAACUUAUCAGUAUUGACUAAACUUUCAUUUAUUCAAUCAUGUGAUUUUAAUAGAAACUUCAAAUAUGAAUUGGAUCCAUUGAAGUUUCCAGAAACAUUAAAAAGUCUUGGGCUUCAUGGUCAUUUUUACAUAAACACCUGGACUCCACCACAAAACCUCCAAGAGUUGAUACUAAGAGGAACAUAUUUCUCCAAUGGGUUCACCAUUUUGUUGCCUCCCAAUUUGAACAGAUUAUUCAUAGUUUCAACAAACUUACAUGAUUUAGAUCAUAUCGAAUUUCCAGGAGGUUUGAGAGAACUUGAUAUACGUGCUAAUGAAUGGUUAAAAUCAAUGGUUGACACUAAUUUGCAUCAACUUACUCAAUUGGUUAGAUUUGAUAUAUCAUUCAAUCCUUGUUUGACAAAAUUUGACGAACCUGAUAGGAACUUACGAUGUAAAAGACUAUACAAUCUUACUAGCGUAUAA